GCAACCGGAGUGCCCGCGAAAGCAUGUAGACGUAGUUACCGCCAUGGAUCUCGGGUAUAUAUAGAUGGGCAUCAACCGCGGGGACGGAGGAGCAAACACGUACGCACCGUCUGCGUGCGAGAGCAAAAAAACAGAGUAGAAAGAUCGAGGAGGAUGGCGUUCAUGCGGUACGACUACAGGGCGCUGCCGCAGGAGACGACGGUGGAGGAGUUCCGGGCGUGGCUGGCGCAGUUCGACGCGGACGGGGACGGGCGGAUCAGCCGGGAGGAGCUGCGGGAGGCGCUGCGCAGCCUGGACCUGUGGUUCGCCUGGUGGAAGGCCAGGGAGGCGCUGCGGGACGCCGACGCCAACCGCAACGGCCUCGUCGACGGCGACGAGAUGGCCAGGCUCUACGCCUUCGCGCGCACCAACCUCCACCUCAAGGCCGCCGACCUCGACGCCUAGCCUAGCACUAGCAGCAGCCUCCCAAUAAUCUCUCUCCGAUCGGUCCAUCAGGCAUCAGAUACGUACGUACUCCUACUAGCUGGCUUGGAUGCGAUUGCUCGUGGAUCGUGGCUGGUUGAUUGGUAUUAGGUUGUAAAUAAUCAGUAAAGUGGAUUUUG